AUGUUUACUUCCGUUACAAAAUAAACGAGGAUGGCUGACUCGUAUGCAUUCGUAAAAGCUGGAAAAUUGAAGCUUAAAGGACACAAAGACAAAAAGCAUAAAAAACACAGAAAAAGAAAGCAUGAUGAUGAAGAUGCAGCAGGGAGCUCAAAUCCCAAAGACACAUCAGAUUUGGCAGAUCAUGGAGGUUGGUGGAAGGGACAAAAAUUAGAUGACAUUAGCGGAAUGGUUGUCGUGGAGAUGAGAGAACAGCGCUACAUCUGUCCACAAGACAAUGGCAGUCUGAAACUUGGCAAUCAGCAUCUACCAGGUGAUGUACCCGACCCUGAAGAAGUAUUCACAGCCAUCAAGAUAAACGAGACAAAAAUUGCCAUCAAGUCUGGCUACGGCAAAUACCUGAGCAUUGAUACUGACGGCUCGGUGAUAGGAAAGUCUGAUGCCAUUGGUUCCCGGGAACAAUGGGAACCUGUUUUCCAAGAGGGAAAGAUGGCCCUCAACGGCUGUAACGGAAGGUUUAUGUCCUGUACCUCUGAUGACAAGAUCAUGUGUGCAAGCUCUAAGGCAGGGCCCGAGGAGAUGAUACAAAUACGCAUGAGUGUGAAAGAUGAGGUUGACCCACUAGCUCACAUACCUGUAGAGGAGAGAGGCAAACUGAAAGAUGCUGAAAUCAACUAUGUAAAAAAAUUUCAAAGUUUCCAGGAUAGGAGAUUAAAAAUAAGUGCAGAGGAUCUUUCCAAUCUGAAGAAAGCAAAGACAACUGGUACCCUUCACGAGUGUAUGCUAGACAGACGAGAAAAGCUGAAAGCAGACCGUUACUGUAAAUAACAUCACCACUAGAAUUCAAAUCCAGAAAUGACGAUGGAAGUAAAUCAUGGAAGGGUUACCUCUCUUCUGCUUCCAAUUAACUUAAGUCAUGUAUCUGCAUGACAAGGAUGACAAGACAGAAGCAACAUUACGUAACCAGUGGAUUCCUCCGUCAUUAUGCCAUGUGAUGUGGAAAGAUGGCAGGAAAGUGACUGUACAGGACCGUAAGACUGGAAGGUACAUUGCCUCAGGAUUGGUGCCUUUUUAGUGUAGCGGAGCUGCCAUAUACUGCUGGCAAAAACUGUAGAUAUCAUGUUUAUAAAAGCUGUCAGUGAAGGGUAUAUAUCCCUUGUUGUAAAGGUGUCAGAAUAAAAUGGUGAGCGAGUUUGUGAUUGAAUCAAGACAUGGGUUUGGUAGUUAUAACUUUUUAUAUACUUAUCUUGAUGACAGUAAUAGUGGUUUGGAGUUGUCCUUAGUUCAUUUAUGUGUUGAGGGCUCAACCCAUACAUGUAGACUACCCCUCUUUGAGAGGUCCUGUCCAUCUGGAUCCCAUAUAUGUGCUUUAUUUAACAAAAUAUGUAUGUAAAUUUACGAAUACUUCAAUAAUUUUCGAAGUGUGGAAAUGCGUGCCUUUUUUCGUGUCAAGUAAAUUGGCUUGAAAAUAUCCACAGGCAAAUAUUUGUUAAUAAAUUAAAUAAAUUAUUAAUAUGAUAGAUUAUAUAGAUUUCUGAACCAUUACAAUAACUAAAAUUUCCACACUGCAAUCAGUUUAAAAGUCAUAAUGUGAACACUUCCACACGCGGUAAAAUUCUGAUUUCUCAGCACAAUAAAGCAAAUUCCAUGGUAUUAGAAAUAAACAGGAUCUGUUGUUUCCAUUACCAUGAUCUUAUGAAGCGACGAAUGUGGUGUCCAUUUGAAGGGGACCAAAAAUGAUAAAAAUAAAGAAAAAUGUUUCGGAGAGAUUGCAAACAAACCUGUUUUAAUAUGAACUUGAUUACAAGCUACGCAACAGCAAUAAUCUUCCUGUUUCAAAUGAUGAGUGCAUUGGUUUAUAUUUGAUAUCCAUGAGCUAAAACGUGGAUCAAGGUUUUUCAUUUCAACAAAGUUUAAAGCCCUUCAUUCCAUCAUGCUUAAAACAUAAUAUUAUGAUCAAGGCCUUUAUACUGAAUAAAACUCUGUCAUCUCCAUA